AUGAACAGUAGACAGCUCGACGAAUUCUCACCGGAACCAAGGGACGAUUCCAAUCGAACAAAGGGGGAUGAAGCUGAAACGACGCAUUUUCAUUUGCCUCAGCAUGCCAACGCAAACGGCGAGACGAAUAGCCCAUGCUUUAUCGAAGGUUGCCAAUGUCAGGUGGUCAAUGAAAUGGUCGCUGGGGUGGUCGCUGAUUGGAUCAGUAAACAAAAGCCCACCACACGUGAAGAGGGUCAGGAGGGAGAGGAACCUCAAUCCACCACUGAAACUGGAGAGAAGCAAGGAUCACGACAAAUCACACAGCCAAUGAUGACCUCCGAUUUGAAACAAGCCUCGGCCGAUGAACCUUCUGUCAAUGAUGAAGCUGCAAUCUGGAGUUUGGGGCGGCAUGCAAACGCAAACGACGAGAAGAAGCCAUGCUUCACUGAAGGUUGCCAACGUCAGGUGGUCGCUCUAUGGGUCAGUAAUCAAAAUCCUCCAGCCAAAUGGUUCACAUGCGAAGAGUGUCAGCGUAAGGAUUUCGACUUGGACGGGUGGCCUGAAGAAGAGAUUCCAAAGUUAAGCAAUCGGACACUGAUGCCUUCUGUGGAAGCAAAGUCGAGUUCUAAAGACAAUGAUACAAACUCAUCAACCAAGAAGAGAUUUGGUGCGAAAAAAGGCCAGCCAAAGACCAAGAGGAUUAAGGCACGGAUAAUCGAUAACUCUGGCCAGCCGAGCCUGAUGCAGCGACCACCUCCUUUGUCGUCCCAAUGCUCACCAGUAACUCCGUCACCGGUUCGACCAGAUCAAGAUGGUUGGCCGGGUCCGAUGCAACAUCCCUCUCCUUUGCGAUUCCAAUGCCCACCAAUAUUUCCGUCUCCUGUCCUGCCAACAAGUCCUUCACCAAGAUCCCCAUCAAUCAAUGAUGUCGUUCAGCCCCAGAUCGGUGUGCCAAAUCUAGUACCGAAGACCGAUGGAUCAAAAUCAAAGUUGACAGACCAACGCGUCGUGGCCACAAUUAAGCGUUGCAAGAAAAGCAAUAAUAAUGGAAAGGUCACGUGGACUAAUGAAGAGCCGCCCUUCUCAACUCCAAACAUUACGGAUCAUACUUUCAAACUUCGAAGAGGGGGAACCUGCAGAGUCGUACCAAACAUGAUCCCGCCAGAGAUACUGGCAAGAAUUGAGCAAGAGGUUUUGAACUCUGGCCUAUUUCGUCAGUACAGCUUGCAAGGACAAGACGAACCGAGGGUUCACUGUCUCCUCCACGGAAAGGCAACCGAUAACUUUGAAGCUAUGCAACCUGUAUACGGCUAUGCACAUUUAUGGAUGAAAGCAAGACCUUUGAGCAAGCUUCCACAUCUACAAGGCUUGGCGAAAGACCUAGCAGCAAUUUUUGGGGUCGACAGCUGGAACAUUGGUGUGAAUCCUGUACUAUAUCGAGGAUCAAAUGAUAGCAUGGGAGAACAUGCGGAUGACGACCAGGGAGAGAAACUCAUAUUAUGCCUUAUCGUUUCCUCCCCGAAAGGAGCACGACGUGUCCGCAUAACAACAAAGACAAAAGGCGAAGAUGCCGAAGAUGAUGACGAACGAAUCGACUUGAUGCUGGCAGCGGGAGACGCGUAUGUAAUGGAUGGCGAAAUGCAAAAGUACUAUUUUCAUUCUGUCCCAAAGUCGAAGGAAACGGUUGGCGCCGAAGAAUCCUUUCGUCUCUCUAUUGUUUUCCGUACUGGGAAUGACGUUUAUCAGUUGCAAGACUCUGGACGACCGUGUGAAAAUCUCGCCCCGAAGAUUCGCCCAGCACAAAUCUUUGGCAAUAAAAUCAAUGGACUUGACGAAGGCACUCUAUACUCUCGAGCUGAGUUAUUCAAUAUGGGUGCCCAUCGAAUGCAGCAACGCGGAAUCAGCGGAAAUGUUAAGGCAGGUGCUGAUGCAAUGAUUGUGAGCGGCCUUCGCGAAGAUAAGCUUGGAGUCGAUCACUUCUGUAAGCUAGUCUACGCAGUAGAACAGGUGAAGGGAGGCAUGUCGGUCAUGACGAGCUUCAACAAAGGCUUGCCAAUUCGUGUCUUCCGAUCAAGCAACUAUCAGAGUCGGUAUAAAGCAAUCUCUAUGAGCGAGAUGAAAGAUAGUUCGACAAAGUACAGAUAUGACGGUCUGUACAAAGUUGUGAAGAAGCGUGAUCCUGUGACGUGCAAAGGUCCCUUCAUUUUUGAACUUUGCAGAGUGGAAGCUGGCACGGAUGAGAAUUCAAAUAGGUUUAACAACAGAGAAGUUUUCGUCGAAUAUAUAAAAAUGGGGACUAUGUCGACUCUGGAAACAUACCCACCGGUUGAAACCUGUGAUGAUCUAAUUCAAAACGUUGUCGACAAGGCGGUUGCCUAUUACGGAAGGAAUGAGGAUCCUCCUUGUUUGCAUACCGAAAUCGUGUUGGUGCCCCCGUUACAGGAAGUUGUGGCAACGCAAGCUCACACAGCUGAUUCUGAACAAGCUAACAAAAAUACACUUUUGAUGUCUGGUUUACUUUAA